AUGAUCAGCAAGUAUCUCAUCAUAUCAACUCAGACCAACUUUUAUAUUCCUGAUAUUCCUUCAUGCUGGUGCUUUACUUUCAGGAUCCUCGCAGAAGACCGCCCGUUUUGGUGGGUUCGGGAAACCAAGGAAUUCACCACACUCAACCGUCCAAAGCUGUACCAGAACGAGCUGACCUGCGAGCCGAGUCCGGGAAAUCCGUCCGGUCACUUGAUGACUUCCACAACCUACUUGUAUGUGAUAUUUUCCGUGCUCGAAGAAGCGGGGAUGCAGUACGGAAGGACGGCCGUGAUCGUUCUACGCGCUUGCUACUAUCUUUCGUUGCUGUUGAUUUCCGUUUCGAGGAUGUAUUUUGGGUGUCACUUUUUACACCAGUGCAUCAUUGGGAUCUUACUGGGCAUCGGGAUGACCAAGCUGACUAUGUCACUAAGCUUCGAGAAGUAUUUGACAAAACUGACACGGAAGCGAAGACUGGGAUAUUGUAGCCUCAUUUGCCUGAUAUUGUUUGUGGUCUAUUGGGGUCAGAAGCUUUUCGGAGUGGACCCGCAAUGGUCGGUGAAAAUGGCCUUCAAGUGGUGUGAUGAUCCGUUUUACUUGGAUCCGAGCACUACCUUGGUAUUCAGUAUUAUACGUCUCACCGGAUCGUUGGUUGCCUUUGCCGUCGUUGGACCCGUUUUGAGAUCUGCGCCGCUCGACUGGAGAAGGAGUGUCCCGCUGACGCUGAUAAUGAUGACUAUCAAAUGGAUAGCCAUUAGCUACACGCCACGUUACUACGGGGUUAUAAUUUACUAUCUCUACACGUUUUUAAUCCAUCUGCUUUUUACCUACGGCUAUAUGCGCCUCGUGCCGGCCACAGCCAGCGUCCUAGUUGACUCCAGAGUACAACGCAACAGUAGGCCUAAAAUCAAUUAAAUUACUACUCGCUGCUGCAGUAGGCUGUCAUUUGAAGCAUAGUUUAUUGUUAGAACGACUACUUUGAUAAUGCUUAUUUCAUCCACAUAUCAAGCGCAUAAUUUGCCAUCUGCUGAUACUGUUACUGGAACAUAAGUAAAUUUCCUACGAUGAUUCUAAACUAAACUAAAUAAACAUCUUUUCCUAUGAAUGCUUUAUAGAGUA